GGUACAUUGCAAUAGGGAAGAAAGAAAAAACAAGAUCAGGAAGAACAAAAUCACCGAUGCAUCUUCCUCAGACCGGAGAACAAAAAUUUCACUCUCUUCAACCUUUCUCUCUCUAGAAUUCUCUCUCUCUCGAUCGAUUCCUCUCCGGGUAAUUCAUUGAUCUUCUCGUACACUUGGCUCUGGUGCUUGCAUCAUCCGAUUUCAUCUUGUUCUCCGAAUAUCAGAGUUGAAAUUCUCGUCUUCUUCUGCUUCUGGGUCUUCGUCUGACGGCGUAAAGCUCGAUCCUUUUGAUACAUUCACUGUUGGAUAAUCGAUGGUCCGAUGGAUCUGUUUAGGGUUUCGAGUGCUCUGACUUGGGUUUGAUUGGAUGAGAAAAGGGGUAUGGGACUAGAAUCUAUCGGGCAGUGACGUUGAUAAUCGGAAAACUACAGAUUUCUGGGUCGCAAGGGACAAUUCGAGUGUUGAUCGAUCGUUUCCAUUUGCUUUGUUUCUGUUCUGUGUGAUUCGUUGUGUUUUGCGUGGAUGAGAGGGUUGGGCAUGGUCAAUUGAGGUCUUGGUGCUAAGAUUGUGUCGUUUGGAUCAAUGGACGAGGUCGGUUCCAGUGACGGAGCUGCGUCUCGAGCCCGUGAAAUGGGUUCUCAAGGAGCAUCGACGCCAUGGGAGCCGAUGCAGCUGGUUUUCAGGCGUUAUGUUUCACAGAGAGAGCCCGUGAGCUUACCUCAGCCAUUGCGUGUUGCUGUUAAGAAGCCUUUAGUGGUCAGACUAACAAGGGACAUAGUCGAGACAUACAAAAUAUGCAAUCCACAGUUCAAAUAUUCAGGAGAAUUCAAUCCCAAACGAUACUUGACUAGCCCAUCAGUUGGUGUGCUCAAUGACGGUUUUGAUAACUCCAAGUCAGAUCUAAUCCUGGCUGUGAACGAUGUCUUGAUCAGUUCAGAUUCACGACAGAGAUACAUUGUCAAAGAUCUUCUUGGGCACGGGACUUUUGGACAGGUCGUGAAAUGUUGGGUUCCGGCAACGAAUGGCUACGUUGCCGUGAAAAUAAUUAAAAACCAGCCUGCAUACUAUCAGCAGGCACUGGUUGAAGUAUCGAUAUUGACAUCGUUAAACAAGAAAUAUGAUCCAGAGGAUAAGAAUCAUAUUGUUCGCAUAUAUGACUACUUCUUACAUCAACGCCAUUUAUGCAUAUGUUUCGAACUGCUCGACAUGAAUCUGUAUGAGCUUAUAAAGAUAAAUCAAUUUAGAGGUUUAUCAUUAAGCAUUGUCCAGCUCUUCUCUAAGCAGAUUUUACGUGGUUUGGCUCUCUUGAAAGAUGCUGGUAUAAUUCACUGUGAUCUUAAGCCAGAGAAUAUUCUUCUAUGCGCCAGUGUGAAGCCAGCUGAAAUCAAGAUAAUUGACUUUGGAUCAGCAUGCAUGGAAGAUAGGACUGUUUAUUCUUAUAUUCAGAGUCGUUAUUACCGAUCGCCUGAAGUUUUACUUGGAUACCAAUAUACUACUGCCAUUGACAUGUGGUCUUUUGGCUGCAUUGUUGCUGAGUUGUUCCUUGGAUUGCCUUUGUUCCCCGGAGCUUCAGAAUUUGAUCUGUUGAGGCGAAUGAUCGAAAUCCUUGGUGAACAGCCACCUGAUUAUGUGCUCAAGGAAGCAAAAAAUAUGAAUAAGUUUUUCAAAUGUGUUGGGAGUGUCCACAAUCUAGAGAAUGGUGAAAUUUCUGGGGGCUUCAAAAGUACUUAUAUGGCAUUGACUGAAGAAGAGUUUGAAACUAGAGAGAAGAAAAAACCAGCAAUUGGUAAAGAGUACUUCAACCAUAAAAACCUUGAAGCAAUUGUUAAAAGCUAUCCUUACAGAAAAAACUUGCCUGAAGAAGAUAUCAUUAAAGAAACUCAAAUCCGAUUAGCUUUGAUUGAUUUUCUGAGAGGACUUGUCGAAUUUGAUCCUGCAAAACGUUGGUCACCUUUUCAGGCAUCAAAACACCCUUUUGUCACUGGAGAACCUUUUACAUGCCCUUACAAACCUCCACCGGAGACACCUCGUGUGCAUGUUGCCCAAAAUAUCAGAGUGGACCAUCACCCAGGCGGGGGACACUGGUUUGCUGCUGGUCUCUCUCCUCAUGUUUCAGGAAUACCCAGAGUCUCCAUGCAUAAUAGUCCUCAUUUUCAGAUGAUGCCAUAUUCACAAGCCAAUAGUUAUGGCAGUAUCGGAAGCUAUGGUAGCUAUAAUGAUGGUACUAGACUGGAAGGUAGUUACGGGAGCUAUGGAGAGAGUGGCAACAUGUUUGUAUAUUAUUCUCCUGUUAGUCAUUCUGGCUUAAAUAUCCAAAACAGAGGUGGCAUCUCAAUGCUUGGAAGUAGUCCUGAUGCUAGAAAGAGGAUUAUGCAGUACCAGCAUGGAAGUGGCCUUGGGAUAAGUCCAUCCGCUGGAAAUUUUGCACCACUUCCCCUUGGCACUAGUCCCUCGCAAUUCACUCCACCGAGUUCAAACAAUCAGUUCUUAGCUGGUUCUCCUGGUCAUUAUGGCCCUACAUCUCCUGUAAGAGGCAGUUGUCAUGGGUCCCCUUUAGGGAAGAUGGCUGCAUUUAGCCAAUUUAACAGAAGAAAAAGUUCAGGACAUUCUGGAAAUUUCCAGUCUCAGGAUUCCUCAUUGUCACAAACUCAAGGGCAAGGGAUGGAUAAUUCCAAACAGAGUGAAGGAAAUACUAUGACAGUCGGUUCACCUUCUCACCUACAGUUGAACUCUAGCUCUAGAAACCGAACACAGGCACAAGGAAGCGCUACAUUAAGUCCUGGCUACUCCGCUCAAAACACAGCCAGCUCGAAACUUGGGUCCAGUGUAUAUGUUCCGUCCAGCAUUGGACCUUCUCAUGAAGACCCAGAUGGUGGUGGCCUGUCAGUACCUGAUCCCAGAGAUUGGGACCCUACUUACAGUGAUGACUUGUUACUCCAGGAGGAGGAUAGUAUAGACGACAGAUAUAUUGUUAAUGCUUUUGGCAAAGGUCUGCGUCUUGGUUCUGCAGAUGCCUCUGUUUCUAAGGGAAGGUUCAACAAUACUGCCUCAACCUCAUCCUCAUCCUCAAAUUUGACUGCCCAGAGGAGAUAUGCUCCCAAUCAAGGCUUUUCACAAGCAGAGAUUGGCAGCACCCCAACACAUGAUCCUCAUGGCAGGUUUUCCUCGUCUAUGCCAAUGUCACAUUUCGGGUCUCAUGUUCCUCAGAACUCUCCAAGCCGUUUAGGACAACAACCUGCACCACGGUUCAAUCACGGGAGACCAAAUGCUGUUAGGGGUUCUGAUUGGAAUCACAUGACGGCCCAGCUUCCUCCUUACAGCUCCAAUUCCGGGGGUCAACCCUCUCCCAGAAGUAGCUCAUUCGCCAAUGGUGUCCCUUGGGGGCGUAGGGCUAACCAUCACGUCGCGAAUGUUCCAUCGACUUCUCAGGGAAGAAUGGACUAUGGAAGUAUUGCUUAACUUCUCUAUGCAAUCAACUUCAUUUAUUUAGUUCUUUCCUCAUAGUGUGCAACCCAGUGUGUUGGAAAAUUGAAAACAGAACUGUACUUGAGACAAAAGGAAAAACACCCCUGGUCCACAUGGCUUGUGGGCUCAUGAAUUAAGAAAAAAAAAAGUGCUCAUUCAUUGUGCUUUGACACAAAAAAAAAAAGGUACUGUCAUAAUUGGUAUUGUUUUUGUGUUUCUCUGAAUAAUGGUUUUGCCUAGCAUUGCUUUUAGAGUU